AUCAUCAUAAAUAACGUUGAAAAUCAAUCAAUGGAGCAGAAGUUUAAAAAAGGAAAGGACCAUGGAGUUGGAGUGCUGACUAGUGGCGGCGAUUCACAAGGAAUGAAUGCAGCAGUACGAUCAGUUGUCAGAGAAACGAUUCGUCAAGGACAUAGGUGCUACUUGAUUCGUGAAGGAUAUAAUGGACUGAUUAAUGGCAACAUCGAACUUGCAAAAUGGGCCCACGUCGCAAAUGUGACACAUCUUGGUGGAAGCAUGAUUGGAACGUCUCGAUGUGAUGAAUUUCGCACUACUGACGGACGCAAAAAGGCUGCAGCAAUCAUGUUCGAUAAAAGAAUCUUCCAUCUUAUUGUUAUCGGUGGAGAUGGAUCUUUGAUGGGGGCACAGAAGCUGAAAGAAGAGUGGGGAAGAUUUGGAGAGGAGCUGUUCGCCGAGGGCAAAAUAACUGAAGAGGUUGCAAAUGAAGGACGAGAACUUCAUUUGGCUGGAAUUGUUGGAUCAAUCGACAAUGAUUGUAUUGAAUCCGACAAAUCAAUUGGUUCAGAUACAGCAUUGCAUCGAAUCUGUGAAGCCAUUGAUGGUCUUGUUAUGACUGCACAGUCUCAUCAGAGAGUUUUCGUUGUUGAAGUUAUGGGAAGACAUUGUGGAUAUCUAGCUUUGACUGCAGCGAUUGCUGUUGAAGCGGAUUACGUCUUUUAUCCAGAAAUCCCGCCUGAUGAAAAAUGGCCUGAACAGCUGUGCCAUCAACUUGGAUCAGUGAGAAAGAUGGGUAAACGACAAAAUGUGAUCAUUUUGGGAGAAGGUGUCACUAAUAGCAAAGGUCAAAGGAUUGAUGUGAGGCAAGUGAAGGAAGAGAUUGAGACACGUCUCCAGCUUGAAGUUCGCAUUGCCACACUGGGACAUUUGCAAAGAGGUGGAGCUCCAUCGUUUCUCGACAGACUCAUCGGAUUGAGAAUGGGAUAUGAGGCUGUACAGGAAGUUCUGAAAGGAAAAGAAGAGAAAGAGGGUGCAGUUGUUACGGGUCAGAAAACAAUUGCCAAAGUGAUGUGCCUUCGUGGACACAAUAUCCAGAGAAACGAAUUGUCACGUGUCAUUCGUCAGACAGAAACUGCCAACGAGGAGAUUAUGCAAAGACAUUCAGAUUUGGCUUGUCGUCUCCGUGGAUUUGGUUUUCUUGACAAACAGACUUACCUCAAUUUCGUUUCCAUUCCACUAUCCACAACUAUGCCAAGUCGUACCAAAACGUUUGCUGUUGUUCACAUUGGAUCACCAUGUGCCGGAAUGAAUGCAGCAACAUAUUCAUUCACUAGAAUGGCUAAUCACUCUGGAAUCCAAGUCAUCGGAAUCAAACACGGAUGGGAUGGUCUUAAAAAUAAAGACGUCAAACUUCUCACAUGGGCAAACGUGCAGGGUUGGGCACAAUUUGGAGGUAGCAUGCUUGGAACAAAAAGACAGUUACCAUCUGAAAUGGAUUUGAUUGCUGAAGGACUCAAUUCAAAUAAUGUUGAUGGACUUGUGAUUAUUGGCGGAUUUAUGGCAUUUGAAUCUGCAUUGAUUUUACAACAAAAUCGAAGCGAAUACACUUGCCUCAGCAUUCCGAUUGUUGUCAUCCCAGCUACAAUUUCAAACAACUGUCCAGGAACUUGCAUGUCUCUUGGAGUAGAUACUGCCCUCAAUGAGAUCUGUCGACAGGUGGACAAUAUCAGUCAGAAUGCAAUCGGGAGCAAGAACAAGGUGAUGAUAAUUGAAACAAUGGGAUCACGCUCUGGAUUUCUUGCCACUAUGACAGCUCUUUCUACUGGAUCCCAGUUUGCACUUAUCAGACAAGUUGAAACAAAUGAGAAAGAUCUAGAAAAGUUGGCGAUUGAAACUAAAGAGCGGCUGGAUUCAGGGAACCUUGAGAAGUUCUUGUUGAUUCGUUCAGAAGGUGCAAGUGACGAAAUAUAUUCUCCGGAUGUUAAGAAGAUAUUUGACAAAGUGAUGAAGAAUAAGUAUGGAGUUCGUAUUACUAACCUUGGAUAUAGUCAACUCGGUGGACAUCCGUCCUGUUUCGAUCGCCAAAUGGGAAUUCGAAUGGGAGUUCGUGCGUUCGAAGGAAUCGUGAACCCUGUAAAAAUGGGAGAUAGGGAUUGCUGUGUCAUUGGAUUGAGAGGAAGCAGUCUGAGAUAUGUUCCUGUUCAAGGACUCGGCAAGAAAGUGUGCUUCGAGCAUGGAGUUCCACAUAACAUGUGGUGGUUGGAUUUGCAUCCCCUUGUUGAAGCAAUGACCAAAAAGCCACAAGAAGCCGUCUUGUCCAGUUAAAGCGUCAGUGCACCUUUCGUCCCUCGAAAUAUUUCCUAUAAAUAUCAGUGAUCUAUUUUAUCGUGUAAAAAGGAAAUAAAGCUUUUAAAAUACAGACUUGUGAACGCUCAA